GAGCAGCCCUCUCUCCCGCCGUCCGCCCGCCACCCGCCAGCCCAGGUGCCCGCCCGCCAGUCAGCUAGUCCGUCGGUCCGCGCGUCCCUCUGUCCCGGAGCCCGCAGAUCGCGACCCAGAGCGCGCGGGGACGAGAGCCGAGAGACAGUACCGGGCGCAGCGCGGAGCUCCGGGCCCCGAGAUCCUGGGACGGGGCCCGGGCCGCAGCGGCCGGGGGGUCGGGGCCGCCACCGCGAGAGCCUCCGCUCAGUAUUUGUAGCUGGCGAAGCCGCGCGCGCCCUUCCCAGGGCUGCCUCUGGGCCCUCCCCGGCAGGGGGGCUGAGGCCUUCGGGUCGCCGGCCUGGAAGAGAAGGACGCGCGGCCCCCAGCGCCUCUUGGGUGGCCGCCUCGGAGCAUGACCCCCGCGGGCCAGCGCCGCGCUCUCUGAUCCGAGGAGACCUAGCGCUCCCGCAGCCAUGGGCACCGGGGGCCGGCGGGGGGCGGCGGCUGCGCCGCUGCUGGUGGCGAUGGCCGCGCUGCUAUUGGGCGCCGCGGGCCACCUGUACCCCGGAGAGGUGUGUCCCAGCAUGGAUAUCCGGAGCAACCUCACUAGGUUGCAUGAGCUGGAGAAUUGCUCUGUCAUCGAAGGACACUUGCAGAUACUCUUGAUGUUCAAAACGAGGCCCGAAGAUUUCCGAGACCUCAGUUUCCCCAAACUCAUAAUGAUCACUGAUUACUUGCUGCUCUUCCGGGUCUAUGGGCUCGAGAGCCUGAAGGACCUGUUCCCCAACCUCACGGUCAUCCGGGGAUCACAACUGUUCUUUAACUACGCGCUGGUCAUCUUCGAGAUGGUUCACCUCAAGGAACUCGGCCUCUACAACCUGAUGAACAUCACCCGGGGUUCUGUCCGCAUCGAGAAGAACAAUGAGCUCUGUUACUUGGCCACUAUCGACUGGUCCCGUAUCCUGGAUUCCGUGGAGGAUAAUUACAUCGUAUUGAACAAAGAUGACAAUGAGGAGUGUGGAGACAUCUGUCCGGGUACCACAAAGGGCAAGACCAACUGCCCCGCCACUGUCAUCAAUGGGCAGUUUGUCGAACGGUGUUGGACUCAUAGUCACUGCCAGAAAGUUUGCCCGACCAUCUGUAAGUCACACGGCUGCACCGCCGAAGGCCUCUGUUGCCACAUCGAGUGCCUGGGCAACUGUUCUGAGCCCGACGACCCCACCAAGUGCGUGGCCUGCCGCAACUUCUACCUGGACGGCAGGUGUGUGGAGACCUGCCCACCCCCGUACUACCACUUCCAGGACUGGCGCUGUGUGAACUUCAGCUUCUGCCAGGACCUGCACCACAAAUGCAAGAACUCGCGGAGGCAGGGCUGCCACCAGUACGUCAUUCACAACAACAAGUGCAUCCCUGAGUGUCCCUCCGGGUACACGAUGAAUUCCAGCAACUUGCUGUGCACCCCAUGCCUGGGUCCCUGUCCCAAGGUGUGCCACCUCCUAGAAGGCGAGAAGACCAUCGACUCGGUGACAUCUGCCCAGGAACUCUGAGGAUGCACCGUCAUCAACGGGAGUCUGAUCAUCAACAUUUGAGGAGGCAACAAUCUGGCAGCUGAGCUAGAAGCCAACCUCGGCCUCAUUGAAGAAAUUUCAGGGUAUCUAAAAAUCCGCCGAUCCUACGCUCUGGUGUCACUUUCCUUCUUCCGGAAGUUACAUCUGAUUCGAGGAGAGACCUUGGAAAUCAGGAACUACUCCUUCUAUGCCUUGGACAACCAGAACCUAAGGCAGCUCUGGGAUUGGAGCAAACACAACCUCACCAUCACUCAGGGGAAACUCUUCUUCCACUAUAACCCCAAACUCUGCUUGUCAGAAAUCCACAAGAUGGAAGAAGUUUCAGGAACCAAGGGGCGCCAGGAGAGAAACGACAUUGCCCUGAAGACCAAUGGGGACCAGGCAUCCUGUGAAAAUGAGUUACUUAAAUUUUCUUACAUUCGGACAUCUUUUGACAAGAUCUUGCUGAGAUGGGAGCCGUACUGGCCCCCCGACUUCCAAGACCUCUUGGGGUUCAUGCCAUUCUACAAAGAGGCCCCUUAUCAGAAUGUGACGGAGUUCGACGGGCAGGAUGCGUGUGGUUCCAACAGCUGGACGGUGGUAGACAUUGACCCACCCCUGAGGUCCAACGACCCCAAAUCACAGAACCACCCAGGAUGGCUGAUGCGGGGUCUCAAGCCCUGGACCCAGUAUGCCAUCUUUGUGAAGACCCUGGUCACCUUUUCGGAUGAACGCCAGACCUAUGGGGCCAAGAGUGACAUCAUUUAUGUCCAGACAGAUGCCACCAACCCCUCUGUGCCCCUGGAUCCAAUCUCAGUGUCUAACUCAUCAUCCCAGAUUAUUUUGAAGUGGAAACCCCCCUCCGACCCCAAUGGCAACAUCACCCACUACCUGGUUUUCUGGGAGAGGCAGGCGGAAGACAGUGAGCUGUUCGAGCUGGGUUAUUGCCUCAAAGGGCUGAAGCUGCCCUUGAGGACCUGGUCUCCACCAUUCGAGUCUGAAGAUUCUCAGAAGCACAACCAGAGUGAGUAUGAGGAUUCGGUCAGCGAAUGCUGCUCCUGUCCAAAGACAGACUCUCAGAUCCUGAAGGAGCUGGAGGAGUCCUCGUUUAGGAAGACGUUUGAGGAUUACCUGCACAACGUGGUUUUUGUCCCCAGCCCUCCAAGCCACAAAACUGUGGUGAAUGGAAAAGAAUGUAUAAACUUCGCCUCAUUUAAUUUUCUUGGAUUGUUGGAUAACCCUAGGGUUAAGGCAGCAGCUUUAGCAUCUCUAAAGAAGUAUGGCGUGGGGACUUGUGGACCCAGAGGAUUUUAUGGCACAUUUGAUGUUCAUUUGGAUUUGGAAGACUGCCUGGCAAAAUUUAUGAAGACAGAAGAAGCCAUUAUAUACUCAUAUGGAUUUGCCACCAUAGCCAGUGCUAUUCCUGCUUACUCUAAAAGAGGGGACAUUGUGUUUGUAGACAGAGCUGCCUGCUUUGCUAUUCAGAAAGGAUUACAGGCAUCCCGUAGUGACAUUAAGUUAUUUAAGCAUAAUGACAUGGCUGACCUCGAGCGACUACUAAAAGAACAAGAGAUCGAAGAUCAAAAGAAUCCUCGCAAGGCUCGUGUAACUCGGCGUUUCAUUGUAGUAGAAGGAUUGUAUAUGAAUACUGGAACUAUUUGUCCUCUUCCAGAAUUGGUUAAGUUAAAAUACAAAUACAAAGCAAGAAUCUUCCUGGAGGAAAGCCUUUCAUUUGGAGUCCUAGGAGAGCAUGGCCGAGGAGUCACUGAACACUAUGGAAUCAAUAUUGAUGAUAUUGAUCUUAUCAGUGCUAACAUGGAGAAUGCACUUGCUUCUAUUGGAGGUUUCUGCUGUGGCAGGUCUUUUGUAAUUGAUCAUCAGCGGCUUUCCGGCCAGGGAUACCGCUUUUCGGCUUCGUUACCUCCCCUGUUAGCUGCUGCAGCAAUUGAGGCCCUCAACAUCAUGGAAGAGAAUCCAGGUAUUUUUGCAGUGUUGAAGGAAAAGUGCAGACAAAUUCAUAAAGCUUUACAAGGCAUUUCUGGAUUAAAAGUGGUGGGGGAGUCCCUUUCUCCAGCCUUUCACCUACAACUGGAAGAGAGCACUGGGUCCCGCGAGCAAGAUGUCAGACUGCUUCAGGAAAUUGUAGAUCAAAAUGAAGAAGGAUGGAGGAGAGCAGUGUGGGAGAAGAACAUGAAGAUGAUUGAGCAGCACAAUCAGGAAUACAGCUGAGGGAAACACAGCUUCACAAUGGCCAUGAACGCCUUUGGAGACAUGACCAAUGAAGAAUUCAGGCAGGUGAUGAAUGGUUUUCAAUACCAGAAGCACAGGAAGGGGAAAGAGUUCCAGGAACACCUGCUUCUUGAGAUCUCCACAUCUGUGGACUGGAGAGAGAAAGGCUACGUGACUCCUGUGAAGGAUCAGGCUCAGUGUGGCUCUUGUUGGGCUUUUAGUGCAACUGGUGCUCUGGAAGGGCAGAUGUUCUGGAAAACAGGCAAACUUACCUCACUGAGUGAGCAGAAUCUGGUAGACUGCUCUGGGCCUCAAGGCAAUGAGGGCUGCAAUGGUGGCUUCAUGGAUAAUUCCUUCCAGUAUGUUCAGGAGAACGGAGGCCUGGACUCUGAGGCAUCCUAUUCAUAUGAAGGAAAGGUUAAAACCUGUAGGUACAAUCCCAAGUAUUCUGCUGCUAAUGACACUGGCUUUGCGGACAUCCCUUCAUGGGAGAAGGACCUGGCGAAGGCAGUGGCAACUGUGGGCCCCAUCUCUGUUGCUGUUGAUGCAAGCCAUGUCUCCUUCCAGUUCUAUAAAAAAGGAAUUUAUUUUGAGCCAUGCUGUGACCCUGAAGGCCUGGAUCAUGCUACGCUGGUGGUUGACUACAGCUAUGAAGGAGCAGACUCAGAUAACAAUAAAUAUUGGCCGGUGAAGAACAGCUGGGGUAAAAACUGGGGCAUGGAUGGCUACAUAAAGAUGGCCAAAGACCGGAAGAACAACUGUGGAAUUGCCACAGCAGCCAGCUACCCCACUGUGUGAACUGAUGGAUGGUGAUGAGGAAGAACUUGACUGAGGAUGGCACAUCCAGAGGAGGAAUUUAUCUUCAAUGUACCAGCCCCUGCUGUGUGGAAUGCACACUUCAAUCAUUGAAGAUCCAAGUGUGAUUGGAAUUCUGAUAUUUUCACACUGGUAAAUGUUACCUGUAUUUUAAUUACUGCUAUAAACAUUUGUAUUAUUGAUUCACUUACUUGUAUUUUCAUUUUAAAAGGAUAUAUACAAUUUUACCUGUUUAAAUAAAAUGUAAUUUCAAAUGU